AUGACCUUCGCAAUCCUAACUACCCUGUUUUGGACUCCUAUCUAUGCAACAAGCGAAGUCACUAACAUUGGCCAUGUACUGCCCGACUUGAAAUUAGGGGAGGGAUCGCCGGGCAGUGUCUGCACAAUACAUCCCCCACCGUUGCUUUUCAUCACAUACGUUUGUCGCGCAGCGCUUGAAACAUUCAUCCUAGCCAUGAUGAUCACAGCGGCAUAUCCGACCUAUAAAGCACUAGGAUACUCGCAGUUGUUCCGUGUUGUCUACAGUGACGGUAUUGUGUACUACGCGAUUCUCAUCCUUGCCAUCGCUGCCAAUGUGGUCGUGAUGUUCACCACUCCGACGAACUUUUCCUCCCCCUUGAUCCCUUUGACAAGAAUCAUACAUACUAUCAUGGCGAGUCGUACGGUUCUUCACAUUCGUGAGGUGGUGGCUCGUGGAUUCGCUGGUGGCAUCGGCACUGGCGUGACGGUUGAUGACACGGAUGCUGACGAGUGGGAAAUGUCGACAAUCCAUUUCACUUCCCUUGAAUCCCAAUUAGAAGGAAGUGGACCAACUUGGGAGAAUCGAGACGUUGGAAACAACUAG